AUGGAACAACAACAAUCAGCAAUAAAGCAUCAGCAAAAACUCAGCAACCAGCUGGCAGCACCACCGGAUAAAAACCAGCAACCAACAAGAGAGACAUUUGACAUCCAAAGGACAAAAAGGAAGAAAGAAGGGGCAGAGGGAUGCAAGGUCUUCAAGACGACAACAACAAAAUCCAUAAGAGGAAUUCUACAACCAGCAGUCCAUGAGCAAGCAGCCAGCAACCAAUUUACUUCAGUUGUCG